GACUUACCGACCGAGCGAGGGAGCGGAGAAAAGUCGGGCGCAGACACACGGGUGUAACCUCCAGAAACAUCGCGCAAAACCAACGCAAAGUGUGAAAAGAGAAGUUCAGCUUUUUGUCUGUGUGUGUAGAUUACUUAUUCUCGACUUCCCCUCUUCAGCUCGUAGACACCAAUGUGGGACAGUGAUUGGAGUUGACAAGCCCGCUUCACUACUGUAUAUCUACUCCCCCUCCGCCUCCUCCUCCGCCUCCUCUCCCGCUUCACUCAACCAGGAAAUCGUCGAGGUGUGCUUUCUUUACACCGCUAGUUGCUACCCCGUUUGCGGGUGUAGAUGCGCCCUUUUUUCCGCCGAUUUUCCUCGUUUUUUAUUCCACUAGUUUGACUUUUUUCGCCGGGCCUCAGCCCUGAAGUCGGCCAAACUUGCCUACGAGGAGAGCAUCUCCACUCUGGCCGAACAAUGAGCGAGUCGAGUAUUUGCCAGGCUCGGGCCACUGUGAUGAUCUAUGACGAUGGCAAUAAGAAGUGGCUGCCGGCGGGCGCUGGACCGCAGGCCUUCAGCAGAGUCCAGAUCUAUCACAACCCUUCCACCAAUGCCUUCCGGAUAGUGGGACGCAAGAUGCAGACGGACCAGCAGGUGGUUAUAAACUGUCCAAUUGUGAAAGGUCUCAAGUAUAACCAGGCCACACACAAUUUCCACCAGUGGCGGGAUGCCCGGCAGGUGUGGGGGCUCAACUUUGGCAGCAAAGAGGACGCCACUCUCUUUGCCAGUAGCAUGGCUCAUGCUCUGGAUGUGCUCACCUCCAUGGCAGACGCAGGCUAUUCAACCCUUCCCCGCUCAGUUUCAAAUGGACCCACUCCAGAAGAGCUCGAACAACAGAGAAGGUUGGAGCAGCAGAAGUUGGAGCAGCAGAAGCUGGAGCAGCAGAAGCUGGAACAGCAGGAACGAGAGCGCCAGGAGAGAGAGAGACAGGAGCGGGAGCGGCAGGAAAAAGAGAGACUGGAGAGGGAAAGACAAGCUGCUGCAGUCUCUACUGUUCCUCCACCUCCACCAAUGCCCCCUCAAUGCCCUGCUCCUCCACCUGCUCCACCUGCUCCACCUGCACCUCCUCCACCCCCUGCCCCUCCUCUGUCUGGUGGCAUCCCUGCACCACCUGCACCACCGCCUCCUCCGGCCCCACCCCCGCCCCCCCUCCAAGGGGGAGUAGGAGGUGGCAGUAAUAGUAGUCUUAGUAGUAGUGGAGGAGGGGGAGGAGGAGGAGGAGGAGGAGGGGGAGGAGGAGGAGAUGAUGGUGAUAGUGGGGGAUUUGGAGGAGGGGGCCUGGCUGCUGCCAUAGCAGGAGCUAAACUUCGCAAAGUAUCAAAGCAGGAGGACGGAGCUCCUGCAACUCCAAUAGGCAGAUCUGACCCCAACCGCAGCAGUACCUCCUCCAGUGGAGGAGGAGGAGGAGGAGGAGGAGGUGGAGGGGGUUUGAUGGGGGAAAUGAGUGCCAUUUUGGCACGAAGGAGAAAAGUUACAGACACUGGAGAUAAGCCCUCUGUGAAGACACAAGAGAAUGAUGAUUCAGAGCCUCAAAGUCAAGGCGACACCCUGAGAAGACCGUGGGAGAAAUCCUCCACUAUGACCAGGAAUAACUCCAUCCGCAAGAGCAUGGACUCCACCCCCUCAUUGUCCCAAGGUGUCAGGCCGAAGCCUGCAGGGAACAACGGUAACGAUGCCGGUGUUAUGGAAGACUCGGAUUUGGAGAAAAUGAAACAGGAGAUUCUGGAAGAGGUUCGUAAAGAACUACAAAAAGUUAAGGAGGAAAUUAUUGGAGCCUUCAUUCAGGAGCUGCAAAAGAGAAGCACAUAGUUCUGCCGAGUGUCAGGUGUAACAGAGGGAUGGAGACAGAUGGAGGUCGUUGAGGACUGUUGGGACCUCUCUUCCACUGCACCCUCCCAUGUAGCCCAGGGAUUUUCUUCUUCUUUUUUCUCCUACACAUUUUCUCUUUUUUUCUUUCCUCUCUUACACAAAUGCAUGUGAGCAUACGUGCUUAUGUGUACAUCAUGCAUAUUCACUUCAUGUAAAUGGUAACCCUCCCCAUGCCAUCCGGCACGUUUGACGAUCACGGCCAAACAUUGCGACGGUGAUCCCACCUAUCCAGUCCCCCUCCCUGUUCAUUCAUCCCGUCCCCUUGUGUCCUCUGUGUUAUGUUUGUCUGAACCAAUUCGGAGCGCAAAGCUACAGCCACAGUUGCUUUUCCAAUUCGUCAUUGUGUACACUCAUCAUAUCCCUCUUAUCUGCAGAAAUCCUGCUACUUGUCUCUUCUCCCUUCUAUCAGACGCACCAUUUACUGAUAGAGCAGUCUUCAGUAUUCAGGGACAAUGUAUUUAGUCACAUUUUUACUGUAAUGGCAAGAUGCUGGCAUGCUGGGAUCAUUUUUCUCUUUUUCUCAGUUGGCAAAAACUUGUUCGACCUCAAACACUGCUACAGAUAGUUGCAUUUAGACAUCUGCUAGUAUGUUUAUGUCUCUAAAGCUAGUUGGAUGUGGAAAAACAAUAAUGAUCACGGAUGGACCCGAACUCCGCGACGCCUGCAGUGUCGCUCCAUCAAGUGGACAUCCAGCUCCUGCUCCGAUGGCUAAGAACUAAAACAGCACAACACAAGCCUUCACUGUUGCAAGAUGGAGACGUUCGAGGAAGAGGAGACAAGCAAAGGGAAUCUGAUGGACAACCGGAGUGCUGUGAAAGACGAGAGUGUGUUGUAGUUUUAUGAUGUGUGAGAAAUGUUUUCUCUUUGCAUUGCACUUGUUCCAGAGGAAGUGUGUCUGUGUGCCACACUGCCUUGACAGACUAUUCCCUCUCACUCAAAAAUUAGAUAUUUGCCAGUGCAGUGGUCCUACACUGUGCUUCUGCUAGUUAAUUUCUUCCAUUCUAGCUAUGUUAUCUAACUUUGAAACAAGAAAAAUGGCCAUGAUGAGGUCAAUUAAUUUGGCCAUGACCAACUGCCUUGAGAAUAAAUAUAUAAAUAUAUACAUAAGGAAAAAUAUAUAUUUCUUUUGAGGGAAAAUGUUAGCAGGAAAUUAAAUGGUGUUUCUAUUUUAAUUGAAAUGACUGGUGAAUGGGGAUUUGUCUUUUUUUUUUGUCAAUGAUUGUUUGCUUAUGAGAUGUUAUUUGGGGUUUACUGUUUCUUUUUUCUAAUAGUCUAGGCUUUUUACACUGAAAUAAAAAGAAAACAGCUUAGAGACACUGGAUUAGAAAUGCCUUUAUAGUCGAAUACAGCUGCUCUAGAAAUGCAUUACUUUGUCUCGAGUCAUCUUUUUGCAUUCUGUUGUAAGAUUUCUUUGAAUUCAGAAUGAAAUUUUGCACAAACUGGCUUCGAAAUGUUAUGAAAUACAUUUGAGUGACCAAAUGUUCAACUCUGUGGUUCAUGACUGAAUAUGACAAUAAAUAUUUGCAAGCUGA